AUGGACAAUACAUUUCAACUCAAUGAUGUUGAUAUGGGUGAUGAUUCACCCACUGCCGACCCUACUCCUGGAUCUGGUGUGUCUGCUAGCACUGAAUGCACACCAGAUGAACAUGUUAAUCUGGUUUCUCCUGCUGUUGUUGUAUCUAGGGAUGGGAUUGGGCUUUCAGAAAUAGGGGACAUAAUAGAUUCUGUUAGGCAGGGGAUUAAAUAUAUAGCGGCUUCUAAGAGGCGGUUGAUUGCAUUUAGUGAUAUAGCAAAGCGUUUGGACUUGGGUUCUAAUAAACUUGUUUUAGAUGUUCCUACCCGAUGGAAUAGCACCUACUUGAUGUUGAAGAUUGCAAUUAGUGGGAAAAAGGUUGAGAAUGUGAACCAAGUUUUAGCUGUUUUCAAUGAUGUGACCAAUGUUGUCUCUGGAAGUGACUACCCUACAUCCAAUUUGUUUCUACCUGAGGUGUGGAGAAUGAAAGAAAUUGUGGAUAUUAAGGUUGGGGAUAGGAAUGAAUAUAUGAGAUUAAUGUCAGCUAAGAUGAGUGAUAAAUUUGAUAAGUAUUGGGGUGAAUCUAAUAUGGUGAUGGUCUUAGCUGCUGUGUUGGAUCCUAGAUACAAAAUGAAGUUGAUUAGGUUCUGUUUUCCUAUCAUUUAUCCACUUGAUACGAAAGGUGAUAACAUAAAGGCUGUGUUGAGUACUUUGAAAGAGUUGUUUGAGGUUUAUGUUGCUGCCCAUAAUGCAUCUAUCAUUCAACAACAAGUAGCUGCUGAAGUCAGUGCUGCUACUACUUCAAUUGCCUCUGUUACAGAGGAAGUUUCUGGUGGCAGAUCACGUUUUAGGCAACAUGUUAGAAGCAAUGACAUCAUCCGGCCCAUAAAAACAGAUUUGGAUGUAUAUCUUGAAGAAGAUGUAUUCAUUUCUGAUAGUGAGAAUGGUGAAGAUAGUGAUGCAAACUUUGACGCUUUGGGAUGGUGGAAAUCCAAUGCCUUAAAGUAA